AUGAGGUUUAAACUUGAACCUGGAAAUGUGGUAUCGUGUGUGGUUACCCAGCACGUCCACCCCCAGAUCACAUCCCAGGAGGCCCCGGGUCCGAGGGAGCCGGCGCUGAUGCCCAGGACGCUGAGGCUGCUCCUGAUGGGCAAAAGCAGCAGCGGGAAGAGCGCCACCGGCGACAUCAUCCUGGGCCAGCGCGAGUUCGAGUCUCGGCUCAGCGCCCAGCCGGUGGACCCAGGCCUUCCAGAAGGCGCGGCGCAGGUGGGCCAGACUGGAGCUGGAGGUGCUGGACGCGCCCGACCUGCUGUCCAGCGGGGGGCCGGCCAAUGUGGCCUGAGGGAUACCUGCGAGGCCAUCCGGCUGUCGGCCCCGGGCCUGCACGCCGUGCUGCUGGUCACGCAGCUGGGCCGCUUCACCGAGCAGGACCGCACAGCGACCCGGCGCCUGCAGGAGAUCUUCGGCCUGGCCAUGCUGCGGUCCCUGGACGAGUUCCUGCAUGACACCCACAGCCGCGACCUGGCCCGGCUGGACGUGCUGUGUUCACGGAGCCGCUGCAGCUUCGACAACCGGGCCAAGGGAGCCGAGCAGGAGGCCCAGCUGCAGGAGCUGCUGCUCCAGGUCCAGGGCGUGCUGUGGGAAAUUAAGGGCCACCCCUUCAGCAACGUGGCCUACCAAUACUGCCAGGAGCACCCCCCGCCCCAGAACGUGCUCUGGGAGCUGCUGGGCCAGGGUCAGGCUACCGAGGAAGGGCCCCCCGGGGAGCACUAG